UACCGAGUGGUGAAUCCUUUCAAUCACAAAACACUCGCAGCUAACUCCUGCACUGGGCUAUCUUCCCUUUCUACGGCGAGGAUUUCCCAAGACAAAGAUGGUUGAAAAGUCUUUGAUUUUUGCGCUUUUCAUCAUCGUGUUUGUUUCACUUUCAAAUUGCAAAGAAAUCAAAAGACACAAAGGGAUAAAAUUUGAAGAUGACGACAAAGGAAGAAAAAUAAAAACAAAAUUCGACUGGAAAAAGGAUCAUCAUCGCAAGAAAAAAGAGUACGAUGUCCAAUGGGAACUAUUGAAAAAUAUCCCCCCAGAGAAAUGCUUUGAUGAGGAUAACGAAGAAUGUCGUGGAAUCGCUAAAGAAGGAUUAUGUCUGAAGAAACUGGGUCAUACACUUGUCAAUUGUCCAUGGACUUGUCGAUUCUGUAAACGUCCAGAAAAGUACGACCCUGAGACGUGUGAGGACCUUGCAGACACAAGCUCAUGCAAAACCUGGAAAAAAGACGGCGACUGCACGCGUCUUCCGGACUUCAUGUUUCAAAAUUGUAAAAUAUCGUGCGAACUUUGCCACCCAGAUUCUGAGAACGUAGACAAUGAUGURCGCUGUCCAUUCUGGGGUAAAAUGGGAUAUUGUCCUGAUAAUCCUAAAAUCCAACGACGUUGUAUGUACAGCUGCUCCAAAUACAAAGGUGUUCCAACAGCGACYGACCCUUAUCCAUACCCAAUCAUAGCGCUUUAUCCGUAUAUGCCGACACCAUUACCACCAACACCUCCACCGACACAAGCACCUCAAACAACUGCUUCACCAAUCACUCAACCACCAGUGGAGACAACUCCUGUACCAGUUGAUACUCCAGCUCCAGUGGAAACCACCGCAGCACCAGUGGAGACCACUCCAGCACCAGUGGACACUCCAGCUCCAGUGGAAACAACCGCAGCUCCAGAGGAAACCACUCCUGCRCCAGUCGARACUCCAGCUCCAGUGGAAACAACUGCAGCUCCAGAGGAAACCACUCCAUUAGCAGUGGAGACUCCAGCACCAGUAAAAACCACUCCAGCACCAGUAAAAACCACUCCAGCACCAGUUGAGACUCCAGCUCCAAUAGAAAGCACUGUAGCACCAGUGGAGACAGCAGCACCAGUGGAAACCACGGCUGCACCAGUGGAGACAGCAGCUCCAGUGGAAACAACCACAGCACCAGUGGAGACAGCAGCUCCAGUGGAAACAACCACAGCACCAGUGGAGACAGCAGCUCCAGUGGAAACAACCACAGCACCAGUGGAGACAUCAGCUCCAGUGGAAACUACGGCUGCACCAGUUGAGACACUUGCACCAUUGGAAACCACCGCAGCACCAGUGGAGACUAUAGCGCCAGCACCAGUCAAUCCACAACCCGCAACAACACCUUUACCUGAACCAGUUCAACCUGUGAAGGUCGGUCUUGACAAUCAUCAGAAGAAGCAGCAGCCGCGCCCUGUAAUGCGAAAGAAUGAAGAAGAUACUCUUGACAAAAASCAUCGUCAUAGUCGCCGACAGCGAUUCCUGGACUUUUCAGUUCCAAAAGUGUUCCGUGGGAAAAAAAUUCACAUAGCCCCCGCAGACUGUAAAGAUUCCGACAAAGAAUGUGAGUCGUUUGCUGGUGAUGGAAAAUGCCUUAAAAGCUUCAAAAAAGCCUAUGAAGAGUGUCCUUUGAGUUGCCGAUUCUGUGCUACUCCAAAAGAGAGCAACGACGACAAAUGCCAAGACUUGGCUGGAGAGGAAAAGUGUGCUAGCUAUAACGCGCAGGGAGAUUGCUUAAGACUUCCUGACUACAUGGUGCAGAACUGUAAAAAGACUUGCAAAAUGUGUGGACCUGAAACCACAAAUGCAGAUACGGAUCCCCGUUGUCCACAAUGGGCCGAGCAUGGGUACUGUGCCACUGAUGAAGCAAUCAAGUCAAAAUGUCCCUAUAAUUGUGAAGUAUACAAAAAUCAGCAACCGGCGCCGGAGCCUUACCCCCAACCAAUACAAGCUCCAUAUCCAUACAUGCCGAAUCCAGUUCCUUGGCCAAUCCCGGCACCACCAGAAGGUUAUCCUUACCCAUAUCCAGCCCCAGCACCUAGUCCUUAUCCUUAUCCCUAUCCGGCUCCUGCGCCUGAACCAUAUCCGUAUCCUGCACCAGCACCUCAACCACCACCUUAUCCUGCUCCUGCACCUGAACCACCAUAUCCUUAUCCUGCUCCUGCACCGGGACCACCUUACCCUGCACCAGCACCAGCACCGGGACCACCUUACCCUGCACCAGCACCAGCACCUGAACCUGCUCCUUAUCCUGCACCAGCACCUGAACAACCCUAUCCUGCUCCAGCACCGCCACCACCACCACCAUACAAGGAAUCAGCAGCACAUCGCCCGCCGCCGCCGCCACCACCACCAUCAGUUAGGAAGCCAUCCUCUGAAGCAUUAACAAAGCCAGUUCCAGAUGAAUCGACUACUGAAUCCUCUAGUCAAGAGGAAAAUCAGGAAGAAAGCGAAGAAGAUGUCGAUGAAGGAUAUAAACAAACGAUCACAAGUGGAAGUGGUGAUGAUAGUGAUAAUGAUGAAAGCGAGCCCGAUGAUGGUCUUGGUGACAAUGAUAUUGAUGAAAARAAAUUCAGAGAAGAGAAGGAGUCUAAGCACAAAACCCAUCGUCAAAAUAAUUAAGAGAUGUUGCAACAAUAAAUAACUUGAUAAAUUGUUAAAAAGAAAUCUUUAUUAUGUUGUUUAGGUAAUUAUAAAUUUGAGUUAAUAAAGCUCUUCAUUCAA